AUGCCUGAGCCAGCCAAGACUGCGCCCAAGAAGGGCUCCAAGAAAGCCGUGACGAAAGCCGCCGGUAAAGGAGGAAAGAAGCGCAAGAGGACCAGGAAGGAGAGCUACGCUAUCUACGUGUACAAAGUGCUGAAGCAGGUUCAUCCUGACACCGGCAUCUCCUCCAAGGCCAUGGGCAUCAUGAACUCGUUCGUCAACGACAUCUUCGAGCGCAUCGCCGGUGAGGCUUCUCGUCUCGCCCAUUACAACAAGCGCUCCACCAUCACCUCCAGAGAGAUCCAGACCGCCGUGAGACUGCUGCUGCCCGGGGAGCUGGCCAAACACGCCGUAUCUGAGGGCACCAAGGCCGUCACCAAAUACACCAGCUCCAAGUAGAGCUCUGACGGAGAACAACACACAAAGGCUCUUUUAAGAGCCACACAUCUCACUCACUUAAA